AUGGCUGAAGUCGAAGUCUACCUUAUGAACAGCCUGCGUAGCUUGGCAGCCAUGGUAGAGAAUCAACGACGCGGUCAGGCUCACAAGCUGAAAGACGAUAUCGAGUUUACGGACGCGGCGGCGGAGUGCGGUCACCUGUGGAACAUGGCGCUCCGUGGAGGCGUGCAAGCCCCUUUCGACCUAAGCUGUGACGAAUUGAGCUGUGACGAAACGUGGGCUGGUGAUCAAACCAAAACCAAACCAAAACCAAACCGUCUUUACGAGAACCUGUGCGAGAAGAAAUGGGCCCCCUUCGAGCUCUGCCAAGAAGCGGAGGAAACAGUCUGGAAAUGGGCCGACAACCCGGACUCCUUCUUCGAUUACACGACCGAAUCUACGGCCGGAUCUACGCCGUCGAUGUUGGACUCGGUCUGCCGCCUGUUGAACCAUAUCGAGGUACAGGAUCAAAUCAAUACCAUUCGCCGGCGAUUACUCCUGUGCUUCCUCGCCGAGUUUGUUAACGAACGGAUCCAGUGCGCCGGCACUAUGGGCAACAUGAUCGCACUCUUGGUCGAGGCGAAUCUGGUCUCUCCCGGAUCGAUGCAGGACAAACAAGUAAGGGACUGGAGAACGGCUGGGGGCAAAUACCUGGCCCUGGGCAAGGAACUUGGAGGCUUGGGAUCUAUUCUCUGCAUUCCUCCCUGCGCUCCAUCGGAUUAUGAGACACACUAUCAUCCGCGUAGUAAGGGGCACGAGCGUGAGGAGAUCAUUCAACUGCUGCAAGAACAGGUGCUGCCAGCCGCCAGACGGAAGCGCCAGGAUGGCCGGAACGCUUAUGAGGUUGUCGAUGUCCUUCGCAAGCACUGGCGCAAAAAAUGCCCGAAGAUCAUGUUCGGCCGCAAUCUAAACGGGCGCCAGGAAACUUCAACGACUAAACACUGUCGCAUCCGGCAGUCGCGAACUUCUCCGCAGACAUCACGCCCGGGGACGCCACCCCCGGAAACGCGACCUCCGAUGGAUGAGAUGGUCUUGCAGUGGCGAUUCCCUCCGUCGGCAAGUCAAUCGCCUGGAGAUAGUAGCUAUCUAGCAUCAGGUGGCGUAUCUCCGACGCAGCUCUCUUUCCUCACUUCCAGCCUCGCUACCUAUGACGAUGUCGCUACCUAUGACGAUAAUUGUCGGGUGCUCCCUUCAACGCCGAUGGUCAUCUAG